AGAUGCUCUCCCGUCAACUCCCCCUACUCUUCUUGAUCUGGUGGAGUACAGGAGUUGACGGGAGAGCAAUCUGCGGCUGAUGUAGCGGGUCUUCACUAGACCUGCUAAAUCGACCUCCGAAGCAUCGAUCACUGCUCGUCGAUCCCCUGUUAAGUGUAGACAAGCCCACUGACUGUUGCUAUAAGGAACUACUGUAUAAAACUCACUUAUUAAAGUGGUUGCUGUUCCCAUCUUGAAGCUGAACAGUACUAAUAGUAAUUCCUCCAUCCUGAUAGGGAAUUGGUGUGGCAUCAUUGGCAGUUCUCUCUUGGCUUGUACUUUGUCAGUGGAAUUAUCAGUGUGGAAAGAGUGCAAACUGCAGUAGCAACUAGUUGUCAGGAAUGCGAAGAAGGUGGAGAGAAAAGAAACACUGUAGUUAUCAGCAUUCAAAAGGCACGACGCAAGCUUAAAUAUAUGCAAAGCCUUGGAGAGACUGAAGAAAUUUACUGACUAUAUUGCAGAAAGCUUCUGACAGGCGCAUCGCAUCUUUGAAAGAGAUUGGAAAGGAAAAUUGUAGGUGAUUAUUUGAAACUAAUGUAUUUUAGAAUUUUGAAAUCUGAGAUGCACUAGAGUUCAGAGACCUUCGUUUGAUUAAGGCAUGGUGUGAAUAUGCGUUGCUUGGCAGCUCGGGUCAACUAUAAGACUUUGAUCGUCAUCUGCGCUCUCUUCACUCUGGUCACGGUCCUGCUGUGGAACAGAUGCUCCAGUGAUAAAACUACGCAGGUUCCCCGAAACCUGAACAGUGGCUUCCGAGUCGAUGGACUGGAAAAACGAACAGCUGCGUCUGAAAGUAACAGCUAUGUAAAUAACCUAGCCAAGCAGCAGAGCGAGGAGGCAUCACCCCAAGAGCAACAGAGAGCACCCCCUGUUGUUGGAGGGUUCAAUAGCAAUGGAAACAAAAUUUUGGGACUUAAAUAUGAAGAAAUUGACUGUCUGAUCAAUGAUGAGCAUACAGUUAAAGGGAGGAGAGAGGGCAAUGAGGUCUUUCUGCCCUUUAGUUGGGUGGAGAAAUACUUUGAGGUUUAUGGGAAAAUUGCUCAGUAUGAUGGCUAUGACAGAUUUGAGUUCUCUCAUAGCUACUCCAAAGUAUAUGCACAGAGAGCACCUUACCACCCUGAUGGAGUAUUCAUGUCCUUUGAGGGCUACAAUGUAGAAGUUCGAGAUAGAGUGAAGUGCAUAAGUGGUGUUGAAGGUGUGCCAUUAUCCACACAGUGGGGACCUCAAGGCUAUUUCUACCCAAUCCAGAUUGCACAAUAUGGGCUAAGUCAUUAUAGUAAAAAUCUGACUGAGAGACCACCUCACAUAGAGGUGUAUGAAACAGCAGAAGACAAAGACAAAAGCAGCAGAGCCAUUGAUUGGACUGUACCAAAAGGCUGUUCUGUUUCAACCGUACCUGAUAAGUUCAGGUUCACUAAUGUUAAACAGUUUGUCGUUCCAGAAAAUACCGAAGGGGCGUCUCUGCAGCUUGGGAACUCAAGAGAUUUUAUUAUUUCUUUUGACCUCAAAUUCAUCACAAAUGGGAGCAUAUCUGUGGUUCUAGAAACAACUGAGAAGAACCAGCUCUUCACCAUACACUAUGUCUCGAACACUCAGCUGAUUGCUUUUAAAGACCGAGAUAUUUACUAUGGCAUUGGACCUAGGACCAUUUGGAGCACAGUCACAAGAGAUCUGGUAACUGACUUAAGGAAAGGAGUGGGUCUCUCCAACACAAAAGCUGUGAAGCAGACAAAAAUAAUGCCUAAAAAAGUGAUUAGGUUGAUCACGAAGGGAAAAGGCUUUAUUGAUAACGUCACUAUAUCGACAACUGCCCACAUGGCAGCUUUUUUUGCUGCGAGCGAUUGGCUAGUGAGGAACCAGGAUGAAAAAGGUGGCUGGCCAAUUAUGGUGACACGGAAGUUAGGGGAAGGGUUUAAAUCUUUAGACCCUGGCUGGUACUCUGCUAUGGCACAAGGGCAGGCCAUUUCAACGUUAGUCAGGGCUUAUCUGUUAACAAAAGACCACACAUUCCUCAACUCAGCUUUACAGGCAACAGCACCUUACAAGCUCCCAUCAGAGCAGCAUGGAGUGAGAGCUGUCUUUAUGAACAAACAUGACUGGUAUGAAGAGUACCCAACCUCUCCUAGCUCAUUUGUUUUAAACGGUUUCAUGUACUCUCUGAUUGGACUGUAUGACUUAAAAGAGACUGCAGGUGAGAAGCUAGGGAAAGAGGCAAAGUCUCUCUAUGAUCGAGGCAUGGAGUCCCUGAAAGCCAUGCUUCCACUCUAUGAUACAGGCUCAGGAACGAUCUAUGACCUCCGUCAUUUCAUGCUCAGCUCUGCUCCCAACUUGGCCCGGUGGGACUAUCACACCACCCACAUAAACCAACUCCAGCUAUUAAGCACGAUCGACGAGUCCCCAAUUUUCAAAGAAUUCGUCAAGAGAUGGAAGAGCUACCUUAAAGGUGGCAGGGCAAAGCACAACUAGAGCUCACAACCAAAACCCCGUUUCAGCUAUCUGCUGUUGACGGGAAUUAUUGGACUCAUUAAAGCUAAACAAAGGUACAUUUUAAAAGGUUGCAUACUAAGUUUUUUGUGGACUAUUUCAAAGUGGUCCUCAAAACUGAUCUUCAGAAAGUAAUUGCAUUCCAGCGUGAGAAUACUUCUAUCUGGGUGGUAGAAUUUGAGGCAGGGGUCCAGUCAAAGGAUGGAAUAAAAGCUGGUACUUUAACGUGUUUACCUGCCCAUAUAGUGUUCCAUAGCGAAAUUAUUCGCACUGGACAAAAUCCAUUUGUACUCCUGGGUUUGUGGGGGAAGUUUUUUAUUUUUCCUUUUUGUAGGAAAAAGAUGAUUUACAGAAGCCAUACAGGUCUCUAAAGUCCAGCACUUGCCUGAAAAGUUAGUAUGUGGCCUCUUUUAAAAUGGAAUUAUCUGUAUAUAUGUUGGAAACAGAAUUACAGAUCAUGUGAUGUAAUGCAGUAAAUGUGUAUUUACUUGUAACCUGGGUAGUCGACAGUGUGUCUUUUUAAAAGUGUUUCUUUAAUACAAAUUCUGUUCUUGGGGGGAGAAAAAUACACAAAAUUUGUUUUAAAUUCUAUAUAUUGAGGAAUAUGUUGAACAUAUGGUUUCUUUAAAGAUGUGUAAAUGGAAAACACACACAGCCAGCAUUCAGGCUUCUUAAAUUAUGUAAGCACAACUCAAAGUGGGAUUAGUUGACUGCACAAAAACUGCAAGCAUGCCAUUUAAAUUUGAAUUUACAGUUGUAUUUGAGGCUUGCUAAUCAACAUUCCCCCCCAUGUAGUUGGAAUCUCUUGUUGUGGAAUCUGAUGUUUUGUACUGUAUUUUCACCCACACUUGAGAGGUUUCUGUAUCAAUAUUUUUUCUAGCAAUUUAAUUUUUAAACUGUUUUUAAAAAGUGGAUCAAGCAUUUUAAAUGUUAAUUACAAUCUAGGUCUCUACACUUAGUUAUACCCACAAUAUUGGCUUAAUUUUUUAUAUUGAUUCUCAGUUGCUCUGACAACUGAGUACUUGUGCAAUAACUGAAUGUGUCGAACCCAUGCAUUCAGUGACAUACAUUAUUGUUCAGAAUUAACCUGAAAUUUCCUUUUAUAUUUAUAAAGUCUUUUCAGUAGCCAUUACAGUCUUUCAUGUCAACAUGUGUAGUGCCCGAUCAGAUUCACGGCCGUGAAAAACCCAUCGUGGACCAUGAAAUCUGAUCUCCCCCAUGAAAUCUGGCUAUUGUAAGGGAGGGGCAGGGCUGGGGGUGUCCCAGCCACAGGGCCUCCUACCAUGGGCCGGGCUCCAGCUGCUAGUCCCAGCCCAGGCUGGAGAGGGAUGGGACUACUUCUUCCACAGCAGAGGCUGCUCCUAGAGCUGGGUCAGACCCGCCUCCGGGAACCUCUUGCGGCUGCAGGAAGCACUGCAGCUGCUUGCUGCGACAGCCCCCCGACCUGGGCAGAGAGGAGCCCCCCGACCUGGGCAGAGAGGAGCCCCCCGACCUGGGCAGAGAGGCUACAGCCCUAGCUGUCAGCCCCCGAUCCUGGUGGAGAGGCUGCAGGAAAGCCUGGACACAGGGUAACCCACCUCCCCAUACCUUGCAACAUUUGCUUCUGUGCUGCUGGUGGCCGCAGUGCUGGCUUUAGAGCUUGGCAUCCAGUCAGCAGCCGCUGCUCUCCAGCUGCCCAGUUCUGCUAGCAGCAGCGCAGAAGUGAGGGUGGCAAUCCCGCUGCCCCGUUCUGGGUCAGGUCCCCCACAGUUACAACAAACUGUAAAAUUUCAGAUGGAAUCAUAUGAAAGUGUGAAAUUUACUAUUUUUAAAAUCCUAUGAAAGUGGAAUUGACUAAAAUGAUCCAUGCAUUUGGUAGGCCUCUAAACAUGUGUUUUGCCUCUUUGUAGUUCGGAGAGAGUAAACAAACCAACUCAUGUCAUUGGACCAAUACUGUUUUUAGGGUAGUCUGCAUCACUAAUAUCUGCUAAUAUUUUGGUCAGUACAGAUUAUGAAUCCCAGACCUUUAAGUUGUAGACACAUUCCAGUAUGGUAAAGUAUACACACUAGUAACAGAUUUUUUUUUUUUUCCCGCUUGGUCCUGUUGUAUGUUACUUAUUUCUUGUGUGAUUUAAAAAAAAAAAAUACCAAGGAGAGUUUGAGUGGGGAGAGAUGUUUGUAUCGGGGACAAAAUAAAUUCAAACCACUGAAAGGAGAGAUGUGGCAGAUCACAGUAAGACUUUAAAGCCUUUUCUGUUUUGCUCACCAAUGUAUGAAACAGGUUUGUAGCUCUUUUGAUCUUUGCAAACACACAUGAUCGUAUUGAUUCCUACAAAAAGUAGAUGUCACAGCAGAACUAUUUUGAACCCUAAAAUCUUUAUCAAUACCAAAGUGUUCAGAGAGGAGAUUUUCCUCAGAUUACAAAAAAGGGGGGAAAAACUACUUCUGCGAUGGCUGAUCACUAUCUGAGAGUGAAAGAGAGAUCUUUCUGGUGUGUUUCCUCAACAUUAUACCCAUUUUAGAUUUGGAGACUCAAAUGAGAAGGUUUGGGUACUGCUUCUGUGACAAAUAUCAGUGCCUUAACAAUGUGAACACCUUUUCCAACUGAAUUAGGAAAAGAGUGUUAAAAACAAAUAGUGGCAUUGGUCUUUCCAUGUUUCAUACCUCACAUUGGAGUCCAUCCGGCAGCAGACAAAUAGAUUUGUUAAGAAACAUAGGUUAGUCAUUUCAGCUGAGAAACUGAUGUUGUACCAUUCUAUUUUUAACGCAGUCUCCAUUGCAUUUUUGUUGUUUGAGUGUAUAUGCAUGUAAAUUAAGCAAUCAACCAGGAGUGCUUAUGGAACCUAACGCAUGGAUUCCUCUUCGUUUUUAAAAAAGAAGUGCGCUGUGGGAGAGCAUUAAUAGACACCAGUGCCGGUAAUUUCAUUUAUUUGACUUCACUGUAUAAUAAUCCCUUUUGUACCUCUGUUUUUAAACUGACAGAAGAUCUCCGAUGCUAAGAUCUGUUUAACCCAUUCGCUAGGAUUACUGUACGUGUCGGUUUCAUUAGAGAAACACAGUGCACGUGGGUAUGUGCAAACCAGAGACACAAGCACAACUGUACAAGCGUUUUUCUCGGCCAUUGUGUGAGACACUCACUGAAAGCUGCUCUUGUCACUCACUUUGUAAUUGUACUUUAUUCUUUUCUACAUUUUACAUGGGGGGUACACACCAUGUGUUAAAUAUGCAAUAAAUUGUUUACAGGGUGCCCUUCUAAAGGGUAGUCCUUUGUAAAGCUGUAUAGACUUUGCAGGUUAAGCACAAUGUGCACAUGUUAGUUUUAUAUACAGCAGGACAGGAUUUUUUGCAGAGGGAAAGAGGUCCUAUUAUGUUUAUAUACCAAGUAAAUGGAUCAACAUUUGUGCUUAAUGUAAAGCUGCUUUAUAAAAUUGUAAAAUAAAAAUUUUUAUCUUAAGACAUG